UCUACAUGGCUGCUGGACCCCACAAAACACCUUAAAUGCAUAUGAUUACCCACAGGAUCCUUUCUCUCUCCCCUUUGCCCUGAAACCUGGGAAGUCAACAUUUGCUUUAUGGAGUUGGCAGCUUUAUCCUUUUCCUUAUCUAGCCUAGGACUGACUUCUUGGCUUUCAAGCUCAACCACCUCAGAUCUGCGAAAUCUUGCUGGAGCUUCAACCCAAACUGGAAGGGAAAAAAUCAAACCACCAUCUUGAAUUUCAACUUCCCUGGGAAUAUUUUCAAUGGUACCUUUCACUUUGAUUCGAGCCCAUCGCAGAUGGUUUUUUAUCGUGGUUUCUUCUUCUGUCGCAAGCCAUCCCCCACAUUUAUCUCCUAUGUGUUUCAUAAUAUUUUCAGACCAUAGUUGGAGAGGUAGACCAAGUACUCGAAUCCAAAACCAGUGAAAGGUGGUGUGGGCUGGAUAAGCCCCAGAUGUCGGAGACCACCAGUCAAGUUCAAGUUGUUUGCCCUGUCUCUUCCAAUUACCAAGAAGAAUGUGUUGUGCAUCUUUCCUCGACUGGAAUUCGAACAGAAAUUGAAUGCCGUUCAUGUCGAAAACCUGAAUAAUGUGAACUCCUUUCCAAGUUUGUUGGAUCCACCUUCUCUUGUUGGGAUCUCGUUGCAAUCUGGAAAGCUACCUACUAGGCAUCUCUGUAAAAGAUCUUUUCCAUCAUGAUGUGAAGAAGCUGUCAUAAUGCCUUGUACCUUGGAAAUAGUUGGUUCCUGCACCAUCCAUCUGUUCUGUUCUUGUACAGGGCAUCCUUGUAGCUGCCUUCUCCCCUCUUUGAAGAAUGAUUCAUCUCCCCUACUGCUGGAGUACCAGCUUGCAUCAAAGACCUCCUACUAAUGAAGUUUUCAAUCCGGCUGACAAGUCCCAACCACCCCUCAUUGUCCUUGUUUUCUGGGAUAAUAAUAAUAGACCUCAUUUGGCCAUUGACCGUAAUGAUCGACAAAAAACGACGAAACUUGUUGGACUUAAAAGAGCAAAAUAUAUUAGUUGAGACAUCUCUGCCUCUCCAUGUCUUAAACAUUUUACCCCUAAUUUCUGAUGCUUGUCACAACCUUCUGCAUAGCCAACCCAGAGCCCCUUUGCUCAAAGUCAUCCUCCUGGGGUAGUGCCUAGAGUUUUCCACCCAUUCAAACCAUGUGUCAGAAUACAUUAUAGUCUCUGUAAUGUCAAAAGAUUUCCCACCUAGUCUAAAGUAAAUACGAUUUUCCAUGGUGAAAAAAAGGCUUUCGAAGAAAAGAAGGAUAGGGAAAGAUUCCGGUGGUUAAGGACCACCGAAAAAGGGAUCAGAGACCCUGAAGGGGCCUUUUAAAAGGAAGUCUCGAAAAAAGUGCCUGGGAGCAUCUCAUGAAACUUUUUUUCUUCAUACGAAUGCACAUGAAUCCAGCAGCAGCUGAGGAAACCAUUUUGUCACUAAGCCAGUCUCCUCAACCAUACCAUGCAUGCAAAUAUAUUCUGGAAAAUUCUCAGUUGGCAAAUGCUAGGUUCCAGGCUGCUGGAGCAAUUCGAGAUGCAGCUUUAAGGGAAUGGGUAUUCCUUGAGAUUGAUGACAAGAGAGGGUUAAUAAGUUACUGCAGCUUUUGUUUUCACUCUGCUAUACAACAUGCUAGUUCACCUGAGGGCUAUGUUCAAGCAAAAGUUGCAUCUGUAGCUGCCCAGUUGAUAAAAAGAGGCUGGAUAGAAUUCAGUGCAGCUCAGAAGGAGACAUUUUUCCUUGAGGUGAGACAGGCGAUAGUUGGUGGCCAUGGUCUUGAUGUGCAGUUCAUUGGAUUGAACUUUCUGGAAUCCUUGGUAUCUGAAUUUUCACCAUCUACUUCAACUGCUAUGGCUCUUCCUAGGGAGUUCCAUGAGCAAUGCCGAGUCUCUUUUGAGUUAGAAUAUCUAAAGUUGUUUUACUGCUGGGCACAAGAUGCUGCUGUUAGUGUCUCCAAUAAAAUAGCUGAAUCAGAGGCUGCCAUUCCUGAAGUUAAAGUUUGUACAGCAGCACUGCGUCUGAUGCUUCAGGUACUCAACUGGGACUUCAAAUGUGAUGCAAAUGUGCUAGACAAUGCAAAACGAGGCAUCAACAUUUUCUCUGCUGGGUUAAGGGGCGAUGUAAGCUCUCCUAAGAGGACUGAGUGUACCCUAGUGCAGCCUGGAUCCUCCUGGCGGGGUAUACUUGUGUCAAGUGGUCACAUCGGAUGGCUUUUGAGCUUUUAUGAAGCACUGAGGCAGAAGUUUUCAUGUGAAGGAUACUGGAUUGAUUGUCCUCUUGCAGUCUCUGCUCGCAAGCUUAUAGUUCAGUUUUUCUCCUUGUGGGGAACAAUAUUUCCAUCUGAUGACGGGAAUACUCAAAAACAGCACCUUUUGCAUCUUUUAUCUGGAAUUAUAGCAUGGAUAGACCCCCCUGAUGUUGUUUCAACAGCAAUAGUGAACGGAAAAAGUGAAAGUGAAUUCCUUGACGGAUGCCGAGCCUUACUAUACAUGGCUACUGUAACCACAGUGCUAGUAUUUGAUGAACUGCUGAAGUCUAUAAGGCCUUAUGGCACUCUUAGUUUGUUGUCCGCCCUGAUGUGUGAGGUCAUUAAAGACCUUAUGGCAAGCCACACUGAAGAGGAGACGUGGAGCUGGGUAGCACGUGAUAUCUUGUUGGAUACUUGGACUACACUUCUGAUGCCUUUGGAUGGUUCUAUUAGCCAUGCGGUUAUUCCAUCGGAAGGGAUUGGUGCUACAUCUCAUCUAUUUGCCCUGAUUGUAGAGUCUGAAUUAAGAGCUGCUUCUGCAUCCGCCUUCAAUGAUGAGAAUGAGACUGAUUAUCUUCAGGCUUCUAUUGCUGCUAUGGAUGAAAGAUUGAGUUCGUAUGCACUUAUUGCUCGAGCAGCUAUUAAUGUUACUGUUCCUUUUCUUAUACGACUCUUCUCUGAGAAAUUUGCCCGUCUACAACAGGGCAGAGGCUUUAGUGAUCCAACUCAAACUUUGGAAGAGCUCUACUCACUUUUAUUAAUAACUGGCCAUAUUAUAGCAGAUGAAGGACAGGGUGAAACACCAUUGGUGCCUGAUGCUAUACAAUCCCAAUUUAUGGAUGUUAUGGAGACGGACAAGCAUCCAGUUGUCAUACUUUGUGGAUCAAUAAUAAAAUUUGCUGAGCAGAGUUUAAAUCCAGAGAUGAGAGCGUCGUUUUUUAGUCCAAGGCUAAUGGAGGCGAUUGUAUGGUUCCUUGCAAGAUGGUCAACUACUUAUCUAAUGCCACUUGAUGAAAAUAAAACGAGUGCAUCUUCAGAUGAUCACAAGGCAAAACAUCACAAAAAAGUAUUGCUUAAUUUUUGUGAAGAGGACAACCAGGGGAAAGCAGUGCUUGAUCUUAUUCUUCACAUUUCGAAGACAACGCUCACUUCAUAUCCUGGAGAGAGGGACUUGCAGGCACUAACUUGUCAUGAGUUGCUUCAUGGACUUGUUCGGCGGAAGAAUGUUUGUGUGCACCUUGUUGAAUUGGACUCAUGGCGUGAGUUGGCAAAUGCUUUUGCAAAUGAACAAACUCUAUUCUCACUAAAUGCUGCUCACCAGCGUUCGCUUGCUCAAACCCUUGUUCUUUCAGCUUCUGGCAUGAAAACUCCAGAGGCCUCCAGCCAGUAUGUGAUAAAUUUGACAAACCAUAUGGCUGCUAAUCUGGUGGAACUCUCAAGCCGAAGUGAUCUAAAAUGUGUAGCUGAACAGCCAGAUAUUAUUUUAUUGGUCAGUUGCUUGUUGGAGCGACUUCGUGGUGCUGCUAGUGCGACAGAACCUCGAACACAGAGAGCUAUUUAUGAGAUGGGUUAUUCAGUACUAAAUCCACUCUUGAUGUUUAUGGAAGUUUACAAACAUGAGUCCACAGUUGUGUAUCUGUUACUCAGAUUUGUUGUUGAUUGGGUGGAUGGACAAAUCAUUUACCUAGAAGCUCGUGAAACGGCUAUUGUUGUCGGAUUCUGUAUGCGCGUACUUCAGCUUUACUCUUCCCACAAUAUCGGCAAGAUAUCUCUGAGCAUUUCAAGCAGCUUGCGGAGUGAAGCUGAUACCGAAAGAUACAAGGAUCUACGUGCUGUACUCCAAUUACUUGCUAGUCUCUGUUCGAAAGACCUGGUUGACUUCUCAUCAGAACCUAUUGAAGCUCAGGGGACAAAUAUUUGUCAGGUGGUAUAUAUGGGUCUUCACAUAGUUACCCCUCUGAUAAGUUUGGACCUGCUCAAGUACCCCAAGCUUUGUCAUGAUUACUUCUCGCUGCUAUCACAUAUGUUGGAGGUAUAUCCUGAAAUGAUUACACAACUAAAUGGAGAAGCUUUUGUUCAUAUCAUUAAGACUCUUGAUUUCGGUCUGUCUCAGGAUGCAGAGGUUGUUGAUUUAUGUCUAAGAGCUAUUAAAGGGCUUGCUUCUUUCCAUUACAAGCAAAAAAGUGCUGGAGAAGUGGGGUUAGGUCUCCAUGCUUCAGGUUACAAGGAUCAGACAGGAAACUUUCAGGAAGGGAUUCUAAGCCAAUUUCUUCGAUCAUUGCUACAGUUUCUCCUCUUUGAGGAUUACAGCACUGAUCUUGUUGGCUCAGCUGCGGAUGCUCUUCUUCCGUUAAUCCUCUGUGAACAAAGUUUAUACCAGAAGUUGGGAAGUGAGCUGAUAGAGAAGCAGUGUGACACAGGUUUCAGAUCAAGGUUGACAAAUGCACUCCAAUCACUCACAAGAUCCAACAGUCUGUCUUCGACACUUGAUCGGCCAAAUUACCAAAAGUUUAGAAAGAAUCUGCAUAACUUUCUUACUGAAGUUCGUGGAUUCCUCCGGAAAAUAUAAUUUUGUGAAUCUGCAGCCAUUCUAUUAAAAGUGUUUUCCUUUUCUGUACGUAAUCCUAAGUGGAAAAGAGAAUAUCAAUAUGCUGUGUUUACAAAACAUCAUUACUCUUCAUCCCUCAUCUGACUAAACACAAUUUUCAUCUACGCUUGCUUUUCUUGCUUA